AUGAAAGGACAUAUCAUGUAUCAGAGGCUUUGUGGAUUGAUUCUCAUGUCCAGUUUUAUCUUUCUCACAGAUGCACUUUCACUAAAAGGAAAAAGGCUGGAUUUUUAUGGAAGAGCUCACACAUAUGUAAGCCUGACCAACACCAUUCCUGAACUCAUUUGAUUCACAGAAUGCAUUGACCUGGUAUUUGUGGAUGACAAAUCAAGUGAUUGUUUGGCCAUCUUCUAUAUUAUUAGCAAUAUAUUAUUAUCAGUAAUAGGAGAAGACAUAGACCUUGCAGGAGAUCACCAGCAGUUAACACUAUACAACUUGUGCAAAACCUUUUAUAUCCAUUACCACUUGAUUCCAUUUCAAUGGCAUACAGUAUGCUUGAUAUGGGAUGGCAUGAAAGGCAAAUUAGAGCUCUUCCUGAAUAAAGAAAGAAUACUGGUAAUGAUGGGUCAACCACAAAACACACCUAAUGGGACUCUGUUUCUAGGACAUUUUCUUAAGAAGAAACAGGUUAAAAGUAUGGUGCCUUGCUUCACUGGCAGCUUGUACUACUUACAACUCUGGGACUACAUCCUGGAAAAUGAGGAGUUUAUGAAGUGCUUGAGUGGAAACAUAGUUAGUUGGGAAGAUGUUUGGCUGGUCAACAAGAAUCCAACUGUUGACACAAGACUGCGCUGCUUUGUUUCUGAAAAUAUGACAAUUCAAGAAACAAGUACAAUUCUUUCACAGCAAAUAGACCUAACAACCCCAUCCCAAAUUACUGAACUAAAACCUCAAAAUACUGUAUAUACUUCUACAAUUAUGUCUAAAGUCAUACCUGUAUUUAAAACUGAUUAUAAAACCAUAUCAUAUUCCAAUACAACAUCUCCACCUCUGGAAACAAUGACUGUACCAAAAUUUUUAAAGACAUCCAUUUCUGAGACAGCUACAUUCAUAGCAGACAUUUUGUCUACUUCAGCAGCUGUUGCUCUACCCACCAAGAAUACUUCCACAGGCACUACUACCAAUUCCAUGAAAAUAACUAAAUCCCCAUCUUCAGAGAACACAGUGACAACAAAAAGGGCUGGAGCCAUUUUUGAGACCUUUUAUCCAACUACAGCUACUAAUUUCUUAUACACAUCUGGAUUUACCAAGAAUUCAAUUGUACCCAAAUCUUCAGCGAUUGGAUCUCCACUGGCCAAUAUGAAGACAGCAUCUUUAUGCUCAUCUAUUGAGCCAACAUCCAAAUCUACACCAUCAUGGCAUAAACACAUAUCCACAGGUAUUGGAGCACUCCCUAUCUCCACAGCUAGCCAGGAGUUUCUUGCAUCUACAGUUGCUGGAACUGUACCUUGGUCCACCGUGAAACAGACUUCUACUCACAUUGGGACUGCAUCAGCAUUCCCACCUAUGUCUGUGCUCAUCUCCAAAGCUGCUCCAGUAGAUACUGUAUUUCCUAGAAAUCAGAAAGCAUCUACAUUGGCAAUGACUGAUAAAAAAAUAUCAUUUACAGUUCAUUCAAUGACACUUCCAUCUAAGCCUAUUGAGACGACUUCUGAGCUAAGAACAGUUGAAACAGAAUUGACAUCUACAAAUUUCCAGGAUGUCUCUUCAUCCAGAAUGGAGGAUACAAUAUCUAUCUCCAUGCCAAAAGAGGCCUCUUCUGUGUCCCUUUCUUUCAGGACAUCCUCUUCAUUAACCAGAGCUGAGAGUGUACAGACAAAUAUUGAUACUGAGACCACACAUACAUCCUUGAUUCCUGGAAUCACACUUGCACCUGCAGCUGAUGAAAGUAUGCUUUCCCCCACAGUCACUGGGUCAGAAUAUACCAAGAAUACAUCCACAGAUGGUGAAAAUGUGUUUCCUUUUAUCUCCACCAGAUCAGCUUUCACAUCCAGGGCAUCUGAGUCUGGUCCCACAACAAUAAGUGAUGAAGGUGCCCAUCUAUUUACCAGUGAGAUCAAUUGGACUUCCAGACCAGACCAAACUCUGUUGAUGUCAAUAUUCCAUGGGAAUACUUCUAAUACAGAACAUUCAUCCACAACUGCUGAUGUUAAUAUGCCUCCAGAAGCAUCCAUAGAAAGUGAGGCUACCACUACCACUGAUGCUAUUAUUAAUACUGAUACCAUAAUAGACAGAUAUACAACAGCUCUAUCCAACUUGACAUCUCCGUGUUUGGCUAAUUUCUCCAUAGUUUCUAGAACCACAUCUAUAAACAAACUGCCUGAGUUUAAACUUACCACCUUAUUACUAAGAACCACCCCUAGGUCCGCAGUAGCUGGAAAUGAACUUAUUUCAACAUCAAAGGAAACAGUUUUUCCACCAGUAGAUAUAAUAUCUACCCUUGCUGACACUGAACUAGAUUUUUCUACUGAGAGUGCUUCUGAGACUACACAAACAGAGGUAAAAAAUACAAUUGCAUUUGGAGAGACAACAAUCCCUGUACCGGAGUCUGCAACAACACAAAGAUUCAAUGCUUCUGUGACAAGGAAAGAAGCAACUUCCCAUUACCUUAAAGGAAGAUCAACUAUAGCAGCAACAACAGAGGUUUCUCCAUUUGCAACAAUGCAGGAAGCAACAGAUGAGUCUAUACAAAUGGUGACAGCUUCUGUCAUUGUUUCCCCUUUUCCUGAUUUAGAAAAGUCGACUUCCCCAUUGGAUAAUAAAACUGCAACUACUGAGGUGAGAGGAAGAUGGCUUUCUCCAAAAUCAGUUAAAACCACAUCUGAGACUUCCUACAAUGGAUCUUCAGAAAUCUUUAAUUCCACCCACACAUACACAGCAGAGUGGACUUCAGAGACUCCACCUGAAGGUAAUCCAACUCCAUAUCCCACUUCUGGGAGCACAAAGGCAUUUCCUGAACCCCUGGUUGCUUCUACCAUAAGAAUAUUGGAAACCAGUUUUGCCACUAUUCCUACAGAGAGGACAGCUAUGUCCUUGUCUACUGGUAUGUUGCCUCCACAACCUACAACUACCCAUUCCUUAGCAACCCCUGUGCCUAUUAUCCAUAUGUACUCACUGCCAGUUAAUGCCUCUGCUGUCACCUCUAUGGUGAUGUCUGAAGAGACUAAGGUUACCAUGUCUGAGCCUUCUGCACUGGCCAGGGCUUCCUCCACAUCUGCAUUCUCAGAUGUCUCACCUCUGUCAUCAGCUAUACUGACUACAGCAUCAGUGCCACCAAUGGAUCAGACUGCUUCCACAACCAGCAAUAAUGUGACACCUAUAGCAACUUCCUUUCUGACAGAAACUACAGUCUCCUCAUUGAGAUCUACCAGUCCUUUGGCAACUAAGGCUGAGACCACUUUUCUGUCCACCUCAGCUGACAGAGUAACUUCAUCCACACCCACUCUUGCCUGCUCUAAAUAUCUCCCUGACAAUAUUUCUGUUGUGACCUCCACUCAUAUGAUCUCAACAAUGUCUAUACCAGUAGCAACCCAGUCCACAUCUCGAGUAGAGGAUGCUUCCACCCAUGCUCUCAGCUUCCAGAAUACUUUCAAUGGCAGUGGAGAUGUUGUUAGCUUGAUUACUGCCACCACAGAAAAUUAUGCUAUUGAUGAGACCAGGCCCUCUGCCAACAAGCUUACUACUUCAGAUGGUCAGAUUUCUCAAUUUUCCACACGUCUGGCAAACAUACUGGUCCCCACUCUAUCAGUGACUGAUAUUUCUACCUUAACUUCUGACAAAGAGCAGAUUGUCACCUCCCUAGGAAAACCCCUUGGAACUAUGGAGGUGACAGAGAUAUCCCCAUCAAAUAAUCCUUUUAUUUCAGAGUCUCAGAAUUCUUCAUCCUUGGGAAUGACAGAUACAGGAUUUGCUGAGACCACAAAAAUGUCCAGUUAUCAAACACAUACACCUUCAGAGAUUCCACUUGUAACUCCCACUGAUGGAAUUUCAGCUUCAUCUCCCACAUCUGGGCAUACACAGACUGUACCUACCACCUGGAUCUCAAGUAACACCGAUGUUCACAUUUCAGAAAUGUCUACCAGUCUUGGGAAAACAGCUUUCCCUUCAAAAGCUCUGACAAUUACCACGUUUUUGUCUCCUGACAAAGAAAGCAUAAGUGCCCUCUCAAUAUAUACUUGCAGGACUGAGAAAAUGACAGUAAGAACCACCUCUGUGACUCAACCUUUCUCAUACCACCAGAACACUUCAUUUGUAGAUGCCAUAUCUUCCAGGACAACCAGAAUAUCAAAUCCUAUAAACAUCAACACAACUCUUUCACACUUGCUUUCACCCCGGACUCAACCUGAGGUGACAUCAGUUGCCUCUCCCAUUUCUGAAAGCACACAGACCUCCCCAGAGUCCCUGUCUUUUUCCAUAACUGGACUGCCUAGUGCCAAUUUUACAAUUAUUUCUACUGACAGGGUCACUACAGCCCUUUCUGCUCCAAGUGUAACUACCUCACUUCUUGGGAAAACAUCUAUGGCAACGUCCAUUCCUCUCUACCAGAUGUCUUCACUGCCAGUUACUGCCUUCACCUCCAAAAGAGUUUCUGACACUCCUACAAUACUAAUGACCAAAUAUUCUAAAAUAACACAUCCAGAUUGUUUGAAAAGACACUCUAUAGCUACUUCUGGACGUGGGUCUGAGGUGUCCUCAAUGUCAGUUCAUGACUCUGCUUUUUCACCUCCAACUGUUUCUCCUGACAAUUCCACAACAGUUGGAUCAUUCUCUACUUUAUCAUCUUCAAUUACCCCUAGGACUACUAUAACCAUACAAACAUCUACAUUGGAUGUCACACCUGUGACAUAUGCUGGUUCUACUUCAAAAAGCACAAUGGUGUCUUCUGCUUUUACUACUUCAGAAAUGACAGAGAUGUCCUCCCAAAUCACACCUACAUCCUUUUCCUCUCCAACAGAGACAACUUAUCCCUCCAUGAAAACCAUUCCAACCACUAUUAUGGCUGGGGUGGUGACUCCAUUUGUAGGCACCACUGACUCAUUUCUACUCAGUUCUGAGAACACUGAAGCUAUGUCUUCCAUUCCAAAGACCACAUUUUCACCAUUUUUAUCAACAUCCCCACAGUCAUUCCAUGGAGACAAGGCUACAACUCUGGGCAUAUUAACUGGAAUUACUAACACCUCCCUAUCUACUGUAAGCAGUGGUAGAGUAACAAUUUUCACAAAUACUUAUUCUAGAACUGCUGCUCCUAAAAGUGUGAUUUCAUCUAUUCCUUCAGAUAGUCUCCCUACUCCCUUGAAUAUUCAGGUUUCCCAAUAUUUGACUAGCUUUAAGAGCACUCCUAGACCCACACAAAGUAUAAAAGCCACCACUUUCUUUUCUUCAAAAACAAAAAAAAUGACUUCCUUGUCUGAAAAUACUGAAAAUACUUCAAGCACUGAACUAACAAAAGGUGCCACAUCUGUAAAUACCCCUAUUUCAUACCAUCCAUGGACUCCAUCCAGUGCAACUCUGCUCUCUUUUAAAACAUUUCUUUUUUCACCUCAUAGUACUAAAGCUGAAUUCUCUACUCCAAAGACUUAUCUUCCUCCUACAUCCCACAUGGUUGAAUUUCCAGUUCUUGGAACAAGAACCACAUCUAGUAACACCCAGCCUCUGCUUAUGACUUCCUGGAACAUACCCAUAGCUAAAGAUUCUCAAUUUCCAAUUUUUACCACUACUCAUGUGCCUACACCCAAGAAGAUGGAAACAGAGACUCCAUACCUUGUUCCUGGGUCUUUAUCAACAUUCAUGGCCUCUAAGACUGGUCUUGUAUCUGGAAAUGUUAUGGCAAUAUCAUCAAUUUCUACAUCAGGAAUUCUUCCUACCUUGGGGAUGUCUGAGAGCCCUUCAUUAUCAAUAUCUUCAAGAACUAUUCCUACCACUUUGGUUGACAUUAAGCAGACAUUUGUUUCCUUUUAUAAUGUUGGAAUGAGCUUCUCUGUCUUUGAUGAAGAGCCAGCGAUCCCUAUUACCAGUGUGGUAAAUGAAUUAGCAGAAAAUUGGUUGAAUUCUAUAUUUCAGGACAGUGAAUUUGCUCUUGCUAAUCUGGCUAUUCAAAUUAAAAGCAGAGACACUUCUAAGGAAGAAAAAACCAUGGACCAAACUUUUCGAGUAUGCACUUUUCUUUUGCUUUAUUUGGAACAGAGAGAAGGGCAAGAGAUGGCUACAAUUUCCCAUGCGUUAUACAGCUGUGUCUGUCAGGUCAUCAUAAAGGCCAACUCUUCUUUAGCACCCACUGAAUUGAUUAGCAGGAUUAAAAGUAAAAUACAUGGCAACCUCAUGCAUGGAAACUUCACACAAGAUCAAUUGACGUUAUUAGUAAAGUCUGAACAUGUUGCAGUGAAAAAACUAGAGCCAGGAAAGUGCAAAGCCGAAGAGACAACCUCUAAAUACAAAGGGACAUAUAAGUGGCUCUUAACCAACCCUACUGACACAGCCCAAACUAGAUGCAUAAAAAAUAAGGCUGGAAACGCUACUAGAAUCUGCUCAAUCAGUAUGGAUACUGGCAAAUCUCAGUGGGAAAAACCAAAGUUUAAACAAUGCCAAUUGCUGCGAGACCUUCCUGAUAAGAUUGUGGAUCUUGUUAAUAUUACUAUCAGUGAUGAGAAUGCAGAUGAUGUUGCUAAGCACAUUUUAAAUUUGAUAAAUGAAUCCCCUUCUCUGGAUGAGGAAGAAACAACGAUUAUUGUUUCUAAAUUAUCUGAUAUUUCACAAUGUGAUGAGAUAAGUAUGAAACUAACCAAGAUUAUAUUACAAAUAAUCGAUGCUGUUUUGGGAAAGCAAAACAAUUCAGUAUCUGAUCUACAUGAAGUAAGUAAUGAAAUUCUGAGGAUAAUCAACCAUGCCGGUCACAAGAUGGAGUUUUUGGGGAGGACAGCAAAUCUGACAGUGGCCAGCCUGGCUUUGGCUGUCCUGCGGGUGGACCACACAUUUGAAGGCAUGAUCUUCAGCAUUCGCUCCUAUGAAGAAGGUACAGAUCCUGAGAUUUACCUAAGUGAAGUCCCUCUGGAGAGGGUUUUGGCUUCCAUAUAUUUGCCUAAAUCACUGAAGGAGAGAAUUCCUCUUAGCAACUUACAGAGCAUCUUAUUUAAUUUCUUUGGCCAAACUUCACUUUUUAAGAUCAAAAACGUCACUAAUACAUUAACCACAUACGUUGUGAGCGCCAGCAUUUCAGAUAUACCCAUUCAAAACUUGGCUGACCCAGUAGUUAUUACUCUGCAGCAUAUUGAAGGAAACCAGAAUUAUGAUCAAGUUCAUUGUGCCUUUUGGGACUUUGUGAAGAACAAUGGGCUAGGUGGAUGGAAUUCAUCAGGCUGUAAAGUAAAGGAAACAAAUAUAAAUUACACAAUCUGUCAUUGUGACCACCUCACCCAUUUUGGAGUCUUAAUGGAUUUAUCAAGGUCUGCAGUGGACGCAGUGAAUGAGCAGAUAUUAGUACUUAUAACAUACACCGGAUGUGGAAUCUCCUCCAUUUUCCUAGGAGUUGCAAUGGUGACAUACAUAGCUUUUCACAAACUUCGAAAAGACCAUCCUUCCAAAAUCCUGAUCAAUUUGUGUGCCGCACUACUGAUGCUAAACCUGGUUUUUCUGUUCAAUUCUUGGUCGUCAUCAUUUCAGACAGAGGGACUUUGUAUCACAGCAGCAGUGGCACUUCAUUACUUCCUGCUCGUUUCUUUGACAUGGAUGGGCCUGGAGGCAGUGCACAUGUAUUUUGCUCUAGUUAAAGUCUUCAACAUAUACAUUCCCAAUUAUAUUCUUAAAUUUUGCCUAGUUGGUUGGGGGAUCCCAGCAAUCAUGGUGGCAAUCAUACUGAGUGUGAAGAAAGAUCUGUAUGGAACUCUGAACACCACAUCUCCAUUUUGUUGGAUUAAAGACAAUUCUCUAUUUUACAUCUCAGUUGUGGCUUAUUUUUGCCUCAUAUUUCUCAUUAAUUUCUCCAUGUUCUGCACUGUUCUUGCUCAACUGAAUUCCAUAAAAUCCCAAAGCCAGAAGACUCGGCAGAAGAUGCUCCUAUAUGACCUCAAAAGCACAACAAGCCUAACAUUCUUACUUGGCCUCACCUGGGGGUUUGCCUUUUUCGCCUGGGGACCUGUGAGGAUCCUUUUCUUGUAUCUUUUUGCCAUUUUUAAUACUUUACAAGGAUUCCUCAUUUUUGUGUUCCACUGUGUGAUGAAGGAGAGUGUGCGGGAGCAGUGGCGGACUCACCUCUGUUGCAGGCGGUUGCAAUUGGAUAACUUUUCUGAUGGGAGCAGCAGAUAUGAGCUAAAUGUUGGGUAUAAACAGGAAAGAUUGAAGAAAACCUUCAAGCACAAAUUGUUGACACCAUCCCUCAAGUCAACGACAAGUAGUUCUACUUUCAAAUCUUUAGGCUCUUCACAAGGCACUCCUUCAGAAAUAAGCUUCCCAAGUGAUAACUACGAUGAAGAUUCCUACUGUUGCUCUCCCUUGAGUUGUGAUGUUGUGCCUAAUUGUGUGAGAAGAAUAUUACCUGUGGAAAUCAAAAUGAAUUCCAUUCAUAAACAAACAUUCCUUCAAUAAAUCCCAGCAGAAAUACAUUACUCUCCCACCCCCAGAUUGGAGAAAAUGUUGAAUUUGUGAAGCCAUCUGCUCCAACUUCAUAUUCUAAAUAUUAUUUUGGAAGGAGCAGAAUGAG